GUAGCAAUGUCCAACUUCCUCAGUUCGUUAGACCUUUUAUAAAGCAGGGAUAGAAAGGUGAAGGAUCCAGUGAGGAAGCGGCAAGCAGCUGAGAACUCUUCUUGGACGGUGGUGCUGUGGAGCAGGAGACUUUUCUAGGUUGGCAGGUUGCCAUGGCAUCUGGACCCAAUAUGAUGAACCCCAUUUGUCUGGUGGAAAACAACAAUAUGCAGCUGUCAGUGAACCAGAGAGCGAUACAGAUUCUUGAAAAGAUUUCUCAACCAGUAGUGGUAGUGGCCAUUGUAGGGCUGUAUCGUACAGGCAAAUCCUACUUGAUGAACCGUCUUGCAGGACAGAACAGAGGUUUCCCUCUGGGCUCCACAGUGCAGUCUAAAACCAAGGGCAUCUGGAUGUGGUGUGUGCCUCAUCCCUCCAAGCCAAACCACACCCUGGUCCUUCUGGAUACCGAGGGCCUGGGUGAUGUGGAAAAGGGGGACUCUAAGAAUGACUCCUGGAUCUUUGCCCUGGCUGUGCUUCUGUGCAGCACUUUUGUCUACAACAGCUUGGGCACCAUCAACCACCAGGCGCUGGAGCAGCUCCAUUAUGUGACAGAGCUCACAGAACUAAUCAGGACAAAGUCCUCUCCAAAAGAGGAUGGAAUAGAAGAUUCUACAGAGUUUGUGAGUUUCUUUCCAGACUUUAUCUGGACUGUGCGGGAUUUCACCCUGGAGCUGAAGUUAAAUGAUCAUCCUAUCACAGAAGAUGAGUACCUGGAGAAUGCCUUGAAGCUGAUUCCAGGCAAGAAUCCCAGAAUCCAAGCAUCCAAUCUACCCAGAGAAUGCAUCAGGCAUUUCUUUCCAAAACGGAAAUGUUUUGUCUUUGACCGGCCAACAAAUGACAUAAAACUCCUAGCCAAUAUUGAGAAUAUACAUGAAAAUCAACUGGAUCCUAAAUUCCAGAUACAAGCCAACAAUUUUUGUUCUUACAUCUUCACCCAAGCAAGGACCAAGACUCUCCGAGAGGGAGUCGUGGUCACUGGGAAUCGGCUGAAGACUCUGGUGGUGACCUACGUGGAUACCAUCAAUACUGGAGCAGUGCCUUGUUUGGAGAAUGCGGUGACAACUCUAGCCCAGCUUGAGAACUCAGUGGCCGUGCAGAAAGCAGCCGACCACUACAGCGAGCAGAUGGCCCAGCGAGUGAGGUUCCCCACAGACACACUCCAGGAGCUGCUGGAUGUGCAUGCGGACUGUGAGAGGGCAGCCAUUGCAGUCUUCAUGGAGCAUUCCUUCAAGGAUGAAAAUCAGGAGUUCCAGAAGAAGCUUGUGGAAAUCAUACAGGAUAAGAACCAACAAUUCUUGCAGCAGAAUGAAGAGGCAUCAGUUAAAUACUGCCAGUCUAUGCUUGAUCAGCUUUCAAAGGACCUAAUGGAAAGUAUUUCCAUAGGAAAAUUUUCUGUUCCUGGAGGGUACAGGCUCUACAGGGAAGCAAAGGAAAGUAUUGAAUGGAAAUAUUCGCAAGUGCCCAGGAAAGGAGUGAAGGCAAAUGAGGUCCUCCAGAACUUUCUACAAUCCCAGGCUUCAAUAGAGAAAUCCAUUUGGCAGGCAGAUAAAGCCCUGACCGAUGGAGAGAAGGCCAUAGCAGCGGAGAGGGCCAGCAAGGAAGCAGCUGAGAAGGAACAGGAGCUGCUAAGACAGAAACUACUGGAGCAGCAACAGCAGAUGGAGGCACAACAGAGGAGUCUCCAGGAAAAUAUAGAUCAACUGAAAGAGAAGAUGGAGAGAGAGAGAGAAAACAUAAUAAAAGAACAGAAUAUGAUGUUGGAGCAUAAGCUGAAAGUCCAAGAAGAGCUGCUCAAUGAAGGAUUUAGAAAGAAAUCUGAAGAGAUGGAUGCAGAGAUAAAGCAGUUGCAACAUAUGAUUGAUACUAAAAAUAAUGAAACUUCCUGGUUUACACAAAUCUUAGACAGAUUUGGCAGUGAGAUUAUUUCAGUAUUUACUUCUCCUUUUAAAAUUGUUGAUAGCCUUGUGAGAGGUGUGAGCUCACUUUUUAAAAAGAAUUAGUUCUCCUUUUAAAGAAAUUAAAG